AUGACGAUGAAUAUGGAAUUAUCACCUCGAAACUUUUCAUCUGUCAUGCAAACUCCAUCUGUUGUCAACAAUGCCGAGGAUCCCUUGAGACGAAGGAUGGACAUACUGAUGAUCUUAAACCCUUCAAAUGUGGAACUCGAAACAGAGGAUCACUCUAUCAACAAUUCGGCCGGUUGGGAAAACGUAACUCGGGUUCAGCAUGAGCCUUCGCAUUACUUACAACAACCCGAACCUAUAUCCAGCGAGAAUACUUUAGUCCGCUAUCAAGCCGAGCUAGAAGCCUUAGAAACUCGAAAUCAUACCCUUCGCUAUGGUUCUGGAAGAACACAACUUCCCCUGGCCCCCAUUCAUCGUCGUCCGUUGACUUUCAACCCUAUAAACGUCCAUCACGGGCACACCAGCCACUACCCUCUGCCCCCAAUAUAUCCCUCCCACAAUGGGAUAUAUAACUCCUCAUCACCAGCUCAUCGUCAGCAUCAUAAUCACCCUCAUAGAUCUCGUCGCUCCCAGACAGUCUCCACUUCCAAUAGGAAAAAGCCUCGCAGCAAUAAGGCUUACUCCAUGGAAGAGGUUGAUUUUAUCCGAUACAACAAAGACGACUUGAACAAGCACUGGCCCGAGAUUCUCUCUUUAUUCAGGCGGCAUUUCAUCCAACGACAAAGAGACUCAGAGCAAUGUCUUUCAUCGAGAUACUAUAGAUCUAAUCAUCUCAAAAUGUACGAUGCUAGUGGAAGGCCGAUGCUAGACAAAAACGGGAAGGUUAGAAAGAUUUCCGCCAAAGUUCGAAGAAGAGCAACACCGGCUGGAAGGGUGGAAGCUCUGCCGUACACUCUUGUACAGAAACAUCCACAGAGAGCGAUGGCGUACUCAUGGGUGUCGUCGGAACAUAAGUUUGAUGCAGGAAGAUUGGCCGCUGGGAUGAGUGACCAUGAUCGAGAGAUCUUGAUUUCACAGAGGGUGCAACAGUUGAGAAAUGAGAAAGGAGAAAGAGCAAUCCCUGUGGGUGAACGGGAAUCCAAAGAUGAGUCCAUGGAUGAGGGUUACGAGGGCUCUUCUACAACAUCAAGCCCUCAAUUUUCCUCGCGCCCUUCACCUUGA